AUGCCUGAGGAUGUCAACCCACAGCACAUCCUCACCAGUGUCAAGAACUGUAUGGAGCUCCUGCUGCGACUCUAUUUCCUACACCACGGCUUCGAGUUUUUUGAAAUGAUCCUAAUCCACCUCAUUCUACACACUGGGUUUAUCUACCUCAAGGAGCAUCUAGCAACGGCCAAGACUGCCAACAGCAGCAGUCCCCACGGCAGCACAUCUAACUCGAUACCCUCAGACCUUGAGCAAGACAGCGAGUGGGAGGACUACGAUGCAAGUAGGUCCCUCGUCGCCGUCCAAUUGCGCUCCGCGUGGCCCGGUGGCGACUUCGACCUCGAUGACGACGUUGAGAGAUUCAGGCUGAGCAACCGCCUCAGAGACACUGUUGAGACGGCGCCGCCGACGGGACCCGGUGUUGCUGGUGCACCGAGCGAGACUGAUGCCAAUUAA